AUGCCGAAGACAUUCCAGAAAGUUACCAAGCAUAUUGCCAAGAAGCGAGGCGCUGUUGAGGCUCUCCACGAGUUCAGCAGAGAUGCCAGAAGACUGCGCCGAGCCAAUGCCAGAGAUGAUCGAGUCGCUCGUGUCUCCGCCAACAUGUCGCGCGCCAGACAGACAUACGUGGAACGGAUCGCCUACUUCCACGAGAGUAUCCCAGAAGGCCAAGCUCCGAUGUCAGAGGAUGAAAUGAAGGAUAUUGUAGUCAGCGUGCCCGAGAUCGAACAACUACAGAGCGAGAGGCGGAAAGGCAGGCCGCCCAGCAAGCGCGAAGAAGCAUUGUUGCAGCGAACCGACGUUGAGAAUCGCGAGUUCAAGACGGGAUUUUGGAUGCCCGACUUUAGCGAUGAGGGUGUGCUCAAGGCCCUCGCCUCGUGGAACGGAGACUGGUCUGGACUGAGCACGAUGAAGUUCAUUCGUAUCACUAAGGACGGAGCGAAACAACCUUCAGCAUUCCCGCCGAAGGGCAUGUCAUGA